AGAAUCAGCCAUCAGCUCUCAAAAAAGUACAAUCUUGUUUGUGUUUUUUUGUUUUAUUGUUGAAAAAAGUCCCGAUAGAAGUCAGAGACAAUACCGAUCCAUCUGUCCUUCUAUUGCAAAAAGGAACUUGAACGAAUAACGACAAACCUCUUCAAAAGGCGGCUUAGUCUACUGUAAGCGUAAAGCUGUUUCGGCUGAUCCCAUCAAAUUCAAUUGCUUUUUCCAGGUCUUCAGUAGCGAAAUAUUCAUCGUUUCACCAUGACAGGCGGCGGAGCAUAUGAUAUCAGAGUGUUAUUUCUUUCGGCCGCAACUAUGAAAACCAUUUACAAGACGGCCACAGGCGGGGAACUAAGCGAUGAAGUGGCUCAAGCUAUUGCGCAGGACAUGAGCCUAGAGUUUUGUGGAAUGCUGGAGACUGUCGAGACGUAUGCAUAUCACAACCGUAGCGAUCAGAUAACGGAGGAAGACGUUCGCAAGGCACUCAAAGAUGACGCCGACUAUGUCAAUGAUAUGGGGAUUCAGCUUGAUCCGGCUUAUCCUUAUCCUGGGAUAGGAGGGCAGGGGCAAGCUCCUACUGUCAACACUCCUGCCACGACGGAGACAGCUUCCGCAUCGUCGAGCAAUUAUCGCAGUACUGGGUGGCAAGAAGAGGAGACAGAGAAUACACAGCCACCCAAUAAAUUUCCGCUCACCAAGGAGCAGCAGGACUUCUACAAGAAAGUCACGGCAGCCUGCCUUGCACCGCACGAUGAAGUGCGCGCCAGAGCGCUCAAGUCAAUGGAAGUAGAUCCAAGCCUAGAGGCUAUACUGCCCCAGUUGAUCACGAGCAUGAUGAGCACCAUCGAUCGCGGUCUCUAUAAUAACGAUAUAUCUGUGUGCUUCACUGUGAUUCAUAUGGCAAAAGCUCUGGCCAAGAACAAAAGCAUCUCCUUUGACCAAAAUUUCCAUUUCAUUCUACCUGGCAUACUCUCGUGCAUUCUCAUUCAGUACGAAUUCGAAAAGCUUGACGUUGAAGGCGAUGAGCUACACUGGGAGCUGCGGGAAGUAGCGAGUGAAUUGAUGGGCGAUAUUGUGCGAGUCGACAAGAACUACAAUCUGCUCGAUCGAAUUAUAAGGUAAGCAACUGAUGCGGAC